AUGGGGCGUGUGGGGCGAGCGUGGAACGGACACGCGGACAAGCGGACACACGGACAAACGGCCCCGGCGCUUCAGUUGCGGCGGCAGCGGCGGCAGCGGCGGCAGCAGCAGCGGCGGCAGCGACACAGUCCCAGCCCCGGCCCCGGCCCCGGCCCCAACGAGUGCUCAAACCCCGGCCCCGGCUCCUCCCGAGCUCCGCCGGGGCCCGGGGCGGGUGCGGAUUCCCGGCCCAGGGCGGUCGGGGGGCGGUCGGGGGCCGUGUCUGGCCCCGGGCCGAGCGCUGACAGCCGCGUGUCGCCCGCAGGGAAGUCGCAGGAGGCGUUGCAGGAGCGGUACCGGAUGGGUUCGCUGCUGGGCAGAGGCGGCUUCGGCAGCGUCUUCUCGGGCACCCGGCUCGCGGACGGCGCCCCGGUGGCCAUCAAGCGCGUGCCGCGGGGUCGCAUCCGGCGCUGGGGCGAGCUGCCCAACGGCGCCCGUGCGCCCAUGGAGAUCGUGCUGCUGGACAAGGUGUCCACUGGCUUCCCUGGAGUCAUUCAGCUGCUGGAGUGGUUCGAGCUUCCCAGCUGCUUCUUGUUGGUGCUGGAGCGUCCGGAGCGAUGUCAGGACCUCUCUGAUUUCAUCGCGGCUCGGAGGUUCCUGCCGGAGGAGGAGGCGCGGGGGCUGUUCCGCCAGGUGCUGGAGGCCGUGCGGCACUGCAGCAGCUGCGGGGUCCUGCACAGGGACAUCAAACCGGCCAACAUAAUCAUGGACCUGGACAGCGGGCAGCUCAAACUGAUUGACUUUGGCUGUGGCACCUUUCUCCAGGACACAGUCUACACCCAGUUUGCAGGAACACUGUCCUACAGCCCCCCAGAAUGGACCCACCUCAAAUGCUACCAUGGCGAGGCAGCAACGAUCUGGUCCCUGGGUAUCCUGUUGUACCAGAUGGUCUGCGGGAAGCACCCGUUCAAGAAGGGCCGGGACAUCAUCUGGGGCCAGCUCAAGUUCCCACAACAGCUCUCUCAAGAGUGCCAAGAUAUUAUCAGUUGGUGUUUAUCCAUGCGCUCCUUGGACAGGCCAUCUGUGGAAGAUCUGUUCUAUGACCCUUGGCUGCAGGGUGUUCAUCUGCCCUAGAAAAUGGGAGACAUUCACAGGCACCAUUUGAUCCAGGAGCCUGGAUCAAACAGCUCCACACAUCUCUUGGUGAUAAGAAGCAAAGAAACCCAGACUUCUUCGUCCUGCCUGUACCAUGGAGCAGGGGUCAUCAGAUGGGAACAUCUGUUCUGGAGCUGAGCUGGUCUUGCAAGCACUGGCGACCACCAUCCAACCUGGUUUUACUUGUCCUGCUUCAGUGAUGGCUGAGUCCCUGGGCAGAGCACUGACAGCCUGGUGUGGCCCCCAGGGAAGGAGAAGCAGCCC